UUAAAGAACAGUUAUUCUGGAAGUAGGCUAGGCCCAUUGUAAACAUCAGCUUCUAUUAUUAAUUAAUGAAUUAUUUACACAAUUUUGUUGAAGACAAAGGCUUAUGUACAUCAAGUUAAUUAAUUUUGUUUUUUUUUCUGCAGAUGACACAGACGCAGACCCUGACUAUUUGCCAAGUGGAAAUGAAGACAAUUCUGCAAGAGAUCUUUUCAGAAAUCGCCCAUCAACAAGUGGCGUGGUUGUAGAAGAGCAAAAUAAUGGACCGCCUGCAAAAAGACCAAAACAUGAAGGAAAGAAGAAAACAAGAAGGCCUGAUCAGUGGAAGAGAAAAAAGGGGUCGAUUGCUCGCAAUAAAGGGGAAGGGUACACUGACAGAACAGGGAAAAACCAUCAACCAAAGCAGGUCAGAGAUUUUAACCAUAAUUGUAGGUAUGAGUGCAGUGAUAUUCCUCAAGAGAAACGCCAAGAAAUAUUUAAUGAGUAUUGGGCUCUUGGAAACUGGGAGUUGCAGUCGGCUUUCUUGAAUUCUGUAAUUUUACACCAUAGUCCACAUCAGACCAGAGCAAACAAUGAACAUUACAAUAAAUCUGUUUCGUGCCAGUAUUUUUUGGUAGGAAAAAGAGUAUGCAAGGAGUUUUUUCUUAAAACAAUUGACAUUUCCAAAAAAAGAGUUAUGAAUAUUGUAAAAAGAAAACAACUAUCAGGAACAUCUAUUUCACCACGAGACAAGCGAGGUAAAAAAAUUCCUCCGAACAAAACCAACCCAGAAAAGUUGGAACUCCAACAGCUUAUUGUACAUGGAUCACCUGACGAAAAACAGGCAGCUACAGUACAGAAAGAACUCCACCUAUGCAAGGCAGAGAGUGCUAAAGCACAAUUAGACAAAGCCAAAGAACAAGCCAAAAACGAUUCAAGCCACAAGGCGGAGGCUAGAGUGGCAGCAAUUAAACUGGGCCUCAAGUCCAGCCGGCUAAGCGACCAACCCGAUACUUCACCCCAGUGGCCUCCGACCAGGAGAGUGAAGCCGAGGAUGACACACGGCAGAAACCCCCCAAACCCAGCGAAACGGCUGCCUCGCUCACCACCACCUGUGGUUGACUUUCCGGUCACACAGAGGCCUAGAGUGACGCAUGGACAGAAAUCGGAGUGGCCUAUCACCUCAGCUACUCCGCCACAACAAGCGGAGGUGACAGCAAUCGACGUGUAA